GCCCAAGUAUCUACAGACCGCUGCUGGCGAGUGUAGCUAGUAGCAGCUCGAGUGCACCGUCAGUGUGCUCCAGAGUUGCCGUUCAAACUCGGCUUGCUUCCGUACAGCAAGCUUUCUCUGGUAGUGGACCGAAUAGAAGAAAAAAAGACAAACCAGUGCGAGAGAAAGUAGCAGGUGCCUUUCUGCCGCUGCCCCCAAACCAGGUAGAAUCUUUCGGUGGUCAUGUUGAGACCGGCUUGGCUGAGCUUCCGGUCAUCGAGAAGGGAGCCUAUCCUUCAAAAUAUCUCGGAAAGGCCAUUCGCUUCUCUCCCUCAGACGGUGCCAUGAUGAAAACAUUCGGACUUCCAAGAAAUGUGCUUGUGGAUUUCCGACUAUUAUCAGCACCGUGUUCAGUGUCACGAAGAACGACUCAAUCUAUCGCAAGGAGGUUAGACCUGGCAGCCAAAGGAUCAAGUCUUAACGACCGCCUCGUCAUGACUGGUCCGGCUGGUUGCGGGAAGAGUUAUUUGAUGCUACAAACGGUUUCUUAUGCUUUGGCUAACGAGUGGAUAGUCAUGUACAUUCCCAGAGCUCAUAAGCUUGUCGAUUCGUCAACCACCUACUUCUACGACGCUCGAACCCAGACCUAUUUGCAACCAACUGCUUCGAACCAAAUACUACAGCGAUUCCUAAAUGUGAACAAAAAAAUCAUUGACCAAAUGAAAGUCACUAAAGAGGUGGUCUUCGAGAGGCGAGCUUCAGUUCCUGUUGGAGAACCACUGCUGUCACUCUUUGCUAUUGCUGCUUCCGAGCAGCAUCUCGCUCCGAUGAUUCUGUCCGUUGUUCUUGAAGAACUCGGAAAGCAAGAGAAGUUCCCAGUCCUUCUUGCCGUUGAUGAGUUCCAGUCAUUGUAUUGCAAAACGGAGUACCGCAAUCAGCAUUACGAGCACAUUAAGUCCUAUCACUUGUCACUGCCAAGGCUGGUAAUGGAAUAUGCGAGUGGCAAGCGCGUUUUCAACCGAGGAGCUGUGUUAGGCGCAGUAUCACAAAGUCUCACGCAGUAUCCGUUUACUCCGGAACUUCAGACAGCACUCGAACGAGACAAAUCGAUUGACCCGUAUACGAAACUCAUCCCAGGCAUGGUCGAGUAUGCUCAAGGCUUAAAGGCGCUUCGAGUGCCCGACAAAUUGGAAUAUGCGGAGGCGGCAGCUAUGUUUGAGAUUUGGAUGAAGGACAGAGCUUUACACUCAGAUGCUUAUGAUGAGUUGUUCUUGUCAAAGUACAGCGAAUCAUCUGGGAAUGCACGAGAUUUCGUUCAUGGAGGGCUGUUAGCCACGCAAACUUCAUAAUAUUAAUAUCCUAGAAUAUAUACAAUGUUAUUUCAUAAUAUUUCAAC